AUGACCGAAUCUAUUUCUGAGGAGUUCCGGAUCAACGGCAAUAAGGCCUUUGCGGAAAAGAGAUUUGACGAGGCCAUAAUUUUAUACACCAAGGCGAUCGAAAAUGAUCCAUCAAAUUUCAUAUACUUCAGUAACCGUGCCGCCGCGCACCACGAGUUGAGGGAAUACGAUGAGGCCAUUCGCGAUGCGAAAAAAUCGAUAUCGAUCAAUGACAACGUAAAGGCUCACGUUCGCAUCGCGACUUCAUUAUGGGCUCAGCGAAAGCUGGAGGAGGCGGACGCCGAGUACAAAGUGGCCUUAGGCCUGGAUCCGAGCAACCAGGGCGUAAAGAACAGCCUAAAAGUUCUAGAAGAGUUGUUGGAUGUCCGGCGUUCGGCGCACCGAACAUCCUCUUCAUCGGCGUCGUCCGUUCCCAAUGUGAUGAUGAAUGGGGCUCCUCUUCCACCUCUUUGUGGAGGCGAGUUCGCAACCGCGGCGGUCAGCGAUGCCGGGGCGGCUAUUGCGUUAAUAAUUUUUGUGGUUAACCUUUUAUUCACCGUCAGCUCCUUUAUGAAGCCGGUUUUGAUGAUUUUCCUCUGGCGGACCCUCCUCUGCGUGCUUAUCCUCCAGCAGGGGCUGAACUUGUAUCUCAGAGGUAUGAUUCCUCGAAAGAUGGACGACCUCAAGGUUUUGGUGCAUCACUUUCCUCUACUUUUGCUAAGUAUUUGCCUCAUCGCAUUACUGAUAAAAGUUCCACCUCAGUUAUUUUUGGCAACAUUUGCUUUAUUUUAUGACUUAAUAGAUUUGUUGAAUCAUAAGAAUAAACUUCUGGUGUGGGCGGGGCCUUUACAAAAUAUAUUAUUGCCAUACUUUAAGAGUAUCGAGACGAAUCGCUACAAUAUUUUGAUGAUGGCUGCAUCUUUUGAGGUGAUGGUGACUUUCCCCAUUAUGCUGACCUCUGGGUCCGUCUUUACGUUGGUAUAUAUUCAGUACAUCAAGACCCGGUAUGUUUAUGAUCGCUACGUGCAGGCAGCGUUCAGUGAUUUACGCAAGAAGGUAACCAAGUUGACGUCUAUGUCUUUCUUACCGCCUUUUGUCAACGUCUACGUGCAGAAGUUCUUCGACAUGUUGUAUACAAUGUCCCAGCAGACCAUAUAA